AUGAGGGCGAUACUGUUGGCUCUGGUUUGCAUCCCGCUCGCCAUGGCCUUGGAAAGAAUCCCCCUCGUUCGCUUCAAAUCUAUCAAGAAGCAGCUGAAAGAAAAGGGAGAGUUAGAGCAGUUCUGGAGAAACUACCACCCCGACAUUUUUGCUCAGAGGUACCUGCAUUGCUUCCCUUCAGAUAUUACCUUGUCGGUAGGAACUGCUUCCGAAAGGCUGUAUGAUUACAUGAACGCUCAGUACUACGGCGUGGUGAGCGUGGGCACSCCGCCGCAGGCCUUCACCGUCGUGUUCGACACGGGCUCCUCCAACUUCUGGGUGCCCUCGGCCUACUGCAUCAGCGAGGCGUGCAGGGGGCACCAGAGGUUCAAGUCCUUCCAGUCGGACUCGUACGAGCACGGUGGCGAGGCCUUUUCCUUGCAGUACGGCACRGGGCAGCUCCUGGGCAUCGCCGGCAAGGACACGCUGCAGAUCAGUAACAUUUCCAUCAAGGCGCAGGACUUUGGCGAGUCCGUGUUUGAGCCGGGCAUAACGUUUGCCCUGGCGCACUUCGAUGGGGUGCUGGGCCUGGGCUACCCCUCGCUCGCCGUGGGCAACGCGCUGCCCGUCUUCGACAGCAUCAUGAACCAGGGGCUGGUGGAGCAGCCCCUCUUCUCCUUCUACCUGAGAAGAGGAGAAGACACGGAGAACGGUGGUGAGUUAAUCCUGGGGGGUAUCGACCAUUCCCUCUACAAAGGCUCCAUUCACUGGGUCCCGGUCACUGAGAAAAGCUACUGGCAAAUACAUCUUAACAAUAUAAAGAUCCAAGGCCAGGUGGCAUUUUGCUCCCACGGUUGUGAAGCCAUCGUGGAUUCGGGCACUUCCCUCAUCACUGGCCCCUCUUCCCAGAUCAGGCGGCUGCAGGCCUAUAUCGGAGCGACUCCCUCGCAGAUGGGAGAGUUCCUCGUCGACUGCAGAAGACUGUCCAGCCUGCCCCACAUCAGCUUCACCAUCGGGCACCGCGAGUACAAGCUGACGGCCGAGCACUACGUGAUAAAGGAGUCCGUGGACGACCAGACCAUCUGCAUGAGCGGCUUCCAGUCGCUGGAUAUCUCCACUCGCGCCGGCCCGCUCUGGAUUUUGGGAGACGUCUUUAUGUCCGCCUUCUACUGCGUCUUUGACCGAGGGAAUGACAGAGUGGGAUUUGCAAAAUCUGCGCAUCGGAAGGACUACCACUGAGUCCCAAUGGGAUUAUUUUUCUGCCUURGCCUGCGUGUUACUGUAGUGAUCUUCUGCAUACACGGGAAGAAGGGCUUUGUCCGAAUCCCUGGACCUGAAUUCAGCCCCCCAGGUUUUAAGGGCUUGGGGUGAUCCUUGGCCCAAGUUGUACAGUUUGGUUCAACCUCUCUAUGUUUACACCUGAGAAACAUUUUUUUUUCUGCAUASUCUCUAGAUAACAUGAAAAUAGCUCGACAUUCAGAUUUGCAAAAGAAGGCUAAAAGGCCAAGCAGCACAAGGGUGUUGUGACAACAGUUACAAAUGGGUGAAAACAAUCCUAGUCUGAUCUGCU